UGACCCUGCUAUCCAGUGAUCGAUCCCCCAAAGAGGAAAACCGAUUAAUUUGGUUCUUGAAAUUCAUCUUUGGCUUUGCCGACAUGUAACUAUAUAUGGAAAGUCAUGUUAUCCUGAAUUCAAUGGUGGCCUUUAUCUAGGGUACCCUCUAAGAGCUAACUAUUGAUGACACUACCCUGAAACCCAGCCCAUGUCUUGGUCAACUGAUGACAUCAUAAGCAAGAUGUUUGGAAUGACAAAGAUAGCCACUGUUGAUUUCAACUCCAACAAGAACUGCUUCAUAGUCCUUCCAAAUUCAUGGGCCCAAGAGUUCAGAAGAAAAGAGGUUUCUGUCUUUGAGCUUCAGUGGGGUGACAGUGGAAAAGGAUACCUGAGCUGGUCUGGUGAGAUCGGCAGGUCCUCACUGGGUGCCAGUAACAAUGAUGCUUCCAUUCAGAUAAAUGGCCUUCUUGGAAACAAACUUGGUCUGAGGCAUGGGCAAGAGGUCCUGAUGAAGCAAGUAACAUCCGUAUGGUCUUGCUAUAAACUAACCGUGGAGCCGGCUUCUGUAGAUGACUGGGAAAUACUGGAAUUGAAUUCAUCUUAUAUCGAGACUCGCCUCUUGGAUCAAGUACGGAUCGUUUGGACAGGGCAAGUGAUUCCUGUCUGGAUAGAUAAGAUGUGUAUCUUUAUCAAAAUAGCGUCAACAGAACCUGAAGCCCCAUGUGUCCGUUUGGAACAGAACACGGAGAUGAUCAUUACCCCCAAAAACCGUCUUCCACAGUCAAACCCACCUACUCCAUCAAGACAAGAUAUCCAUCCAGGACAUGGGCUAUUACAGACAAAAAACCGCUCCGAUUCUGGUUCAGGAAGUUCCUCGUCCGAGAUCAGUGGGAACAGUUCAGUGUCGGGUUACAUCAGCGACUUUGACUCCAUGAGCUCUCUCUCAAGUGGGUUUGAACACAACGUGUGGAGCUAUGACACUAGUCAUGUCUCGAAAUCGGAAGGAGGGACCAACAAUCCCAGCAUGCCCUGGGAGGUUGACCCAGUCGAUAUAGAGGGCGCUAUACCGUGGUCCUACAAGAUCUGGAGGAAGUUGAUCUCCUUCGUGUCCAGGGAGGCAGAUAUCAACCGGGUACGACGGGACUGUGCGAAUGAGGAAGAUGCCAGAAGAAAGAUGGCAGCAGAGUUCUGGAAGGAUGUUCGGAUUGUAGCAAGAGUUCAACCCAUGUUCAAUCACAAGAAAAACCUGAAGACUUCAAGGAGACAACGGGAAGGGUCAACUAGUGCCAGCAGCGAGACGUCAGAAGAUAGCAAGAAAGAUUGCUCCUCCCUGGAGAGAUCGCACAGAAAGACAAGUAAUAGAUUCACCAGACAGAUGUCCUUGAACUCUCAUGUGGUGAAGCCUCGCGAGCCAUUUAGUGUGGGGUCAUCCAAUAACCCUACAUUACCAGGGGAAACAGACUCUUUGUCGAACCUCAUGCAACCUACCACUGUUUACUUGAGCUCAGUAGGGGACUCUGAAUUCUUAUGGCAAUAUGCGGCCAACACGGAAGAGGGAGGAAGCGCACCUCCUUCAGAGUAUGUCACUUUUCUUGCCACUAUGACCAAGCAGCCAUCUCCCAAAGAACGCAACGAGGAACUGAAACAAAAGCUCCUACAGGAGUCAAAGAAAGAGCAGAACAAUUUUGCAUCAUCGAACAAGACAAGGAACCCUUUGGAAGUUAAUGAGGAACCUGACAUCAGCGCUGGUGAAUCCGAAGAGAAGAGAGAUGGCAAGUCAUCCUGCAUCGUCAGGAUCAUUGUCCAUUGCCAUGAGCUGAAGUCCCACUGCAAGAAGGACUCUGUCAACCCAUAUUCCUCCACCGUCUUCCAGGACAAACCGACCCAGUGGUACAUCCAGAUCCCUGAUAUCCUUAGGAGGCAGAUGGGACUGGAGCUAUCUGCCGGUGUCCAGCUCAAACCAGUCGUCAGUCCACCCUCACCCAUCCAAAGCAUGAUCCUUGCCCCUCUCUUUGAUUUGAAGGAGAGCAUGAAUGAGACGAUGAUUCUACGAGCUUUCAACCAAUGGCUGACAUGCGUGAGCUGCAUGAUCUCUCCAAUACCCAUCGUACAAACUGGGAAUCUCCUCAGCUUCCCCAUCACGCCAGAUUUUACAGGUGAAUUCCUUCUAUCAGUCAAUCAUGAUGUGAAAGAAUCCUCAAAGGAAUCCUACUAUCUUCUGCACCCCUUCGUGACGCGUAAUGCAGAGACCGCCCUCGGACCAAAGCCCAAGAUAGAGAAGGCUGCUGAGGGUACUGGUCGACAACUUCCAGUCAGGACUAUCAAGGAAUUGGACGAGAUCACUAAGGGUUUUAGACUCAGGGAGCUAGGACCAAUGGCCAAUCUCGGCAGGGAAGCCCUGGAGCACCUCACAGCAACUCUGACCUCCCGGCCCCUAGGUCGUCAGCUCUGCGCUUCGGUCCCCGGUCAGAGGCACGGGGGAGUGUUAAUCUGUGGUGGGCGUGGCUCGGGGAAGACCACCGUUGCCAAGGCAGUCUGUCAGGAGGCGUCGGAGUGGCCCCUUCUGGCCUUCGUCAAAGUUGUGGAAUGUCACUCUCUGAAAGGAAAAGGAGUCGAUACUAUCAGGAAGAUUUGGGAGGAAGCCUUCGACGAAGCGGCUUGGCGCCAACCUUCCGUCAUCUUAUUGGACGAUCUGGAUCAUGUGACCGCGGCUCCCCUGGGUCCGGAGCAGGAGAUGGGGCCGGAAGCCACCUACAACUCACGUCUUGCCCAAGUCCUCAAGGAUCUUGUUACCAAUGAAAUCAACGAGGGUAGUCGCAUCGCUCUCCUAGCAACGUGUUCCUCCAAGAAAUCCAUCCACCAAUCUCUUCUAUCCUCCAGAGGUCUUCACCUCUUUCAGUCCUGUCUUGAGAUCAGUCCUCUCUCCAAGGCCGAUCGAGCAACCCUCCUGACAUCCGUCAUCCACUCCAAGGUGGAGAUUGACCUUCAAACUCUGACCCAGGUUGAUCCUAACAUCCUGAGCUCCAAAAUGGAUGGGUUUGUUGCCUCGGACCUUGUGACCGUGACAGAGAGGGCAGUGCAUGCUGGGAGCUCAAGAGAAAUAUCCCUCGGCCACCACGCCUCUCGUAUAAAGGGGGCUGACGGUGACCACCCCUCCAAUGAGAUUCUUCUGUGCCAGGAGGACUUUGAAACUGCAUUGCAUAGCUACUCUCCUGCAGCUCUGCGGGAUGUUCCACUCCACAGUGCGGGGGAGUUGGGCUGGGAAGAUGUUGGAGGGCUGAAGGGUGUUAAGCAGGAUCUGGUGGAGACUUUACAGCUUCCAGCAAAGUAUCCAGAAUUGUUUGCCAGCUGUCCUCUGAGAUUACGAUCUGGUCUUCUUCUCUAUGGUCCUCCAGGCACUGGUAAGACUCUGCUGGGGGGUGUGGUUGCUAAGGAGUGCGGACUCAACUUCAUCAGCAUAAAGGGUCCUGAGCUGUUGAGUAAGUACAUUGGAGCGAGUGAGCAGGCGGUCAGGGAUCUAUUUACCAGAGCAAUGAGUGCCAAACCAUGUGUUCUUUUCUUUGACGAGUUUGAUUCAUUAGCACCACGACGAGGUCAUGACAGCACAGGGGUGACUGACCGAGUGGUCAAUCAACUCUUGACCCAACUAGAUGGAGUAGAAGGGCUAGAAGGUGUGUACGUGAUUGGUGCUACAAGUCGACCUGACCUGAUAGACCCGGCCCUGUUAAGACCCGGUCGAUUAGAUAAGUGCCUUUUCUGUCCUAUUCCAACAGCUGAGGAAAGAGUGGAGAUCCUGCAGGCUCUUGCCAGAAAAAUGACCUUACGUUCCAAUGUGGACCUAGCCGCCAUAGCCUCAAAGCUGGACCAUUUCACUGGAGCUGACCUGAAAGCCCUGCUCUAUAACGCCCAACUAGAGGCUAUUCACAGCACCCUCAUGCAGUCUGACCGACGCGACUCAAACCUAGGGCUCCCUCUGACAAGCUCAUUGCACAACUGUAGCAUGGAAGCCGACGAGUGGAAGCUGACCUUCCUGGAAACGUUCUCGGAGAGCGAUCACGGACCCUACCAGGAGGAAGCCUCCAACAUAAACCAUCGUCUGGCUAGCCUGUCGGAGGCAGAGAGGGCGCUAGCAGCAACCAUGAAGCUGACCGGUGACAUCGACGAAAUGGAUGGUGAGGACGACGUCGAGGGGGAUGGGUUCAGAGGAAGGAGAAAGGAUCUAAGGUUGGACUUGCGCGGUGGAUUGACUAGUUCGGAUUUGAACGGCAACAUGGCUGGAGCUGGGGCAAUGUCGAAGACACUGCUCACAGAACUCAUGAGAGAAGAUUCAGAGUCGACUGAGCAAGACGAGACUCCAUCGCCACCGGAGGGUAGCGGCUUUGAUGCCACCAUGACGGAGGUGCCUCCGACCCCAUCCCUGCCCCCAGACACACCCAUAGCCCCUCCUCAGUCCCAGCAGCAGAGAGUUGUGUAUAUGCCAACCCUUAGAGACGGGGUAGUGGAUCCCACGCCAGAGACCAGGGAAAUCAUCGGUAACGAGGUCGAUGUCAUCGUUGAGAAUUAUGCAAGGAAGCUGGCAGGUGAAAGUAUGGUUGGGACGUCGGACAACACAAUGACAGAAGAUGUAUCUGUGAUCAGAGUGUCUCAAAACCACCUCUUGAGGGCAGCACAGGGCAUGAAGCCGUCCGUAUCAGUCGCAGAGAGACAAAAAUAUAAGCAGAUUUACGAGUCGUUUGUCAAGUCAAGAGGAGGUGAGUUUCCACAAGGCCAGGCUGCAGAAGCUACCCAGAAGGUCACACUUGCCUGAGGAUUCAUGGACAAUCUAGUAUCUGCAGGACUUGGACUGCAGCUGUUGGAUGUCAUGAUGGACAAUCUAACAUCUGCAGGACUUGGACUGAAGCUGUCUGAUGUCAUGAUG